AUGUUCGGCCCCAAUAUGAUCUGUUUCCCCACAUUGUUUUCGUUUACUGUAGUUUCUUGUUUGGCACUCCCUCCCACCCCAUCAUCACUUCUCCCCCACCAGCUGUUGCCUUACCCUUCCACCCACCUUUCCAUCCUUACUCCCUCCCACCCCGCCAUCCUCUCUCGAUUCCAGCCCGCCAUCCCCUCUCCCUCCCACUACGCCGAGGCCUCUCCCUCCUCCCCGCCGUCGCCCAUCCCUCCUCCCCGUGUUGGCCUCUCCCUCCUCCCCGCCGUCACCUCUCCCUCCUCCUUGCGGUCGCCUCUCCCUCCCAUCCGCCGUCGCCGCUCCCCCCCAUUCGCCGUCGCCGCUCCCCCCCAUCCGCCGUCGCCGCUCCCUCCUCCCGCCGUCGUCGCUCCCUCCCAUCCGUCGUCGCCGCUCCCUCCCAUCCGCCGUCGCCGCUCCCUCCCAUCCGCCGUCGCUGCUCCCUCCUCCCGCCGUCGCCACUCCCUCCCAUCCGCCGUCGCUGCUCCCUCCUCCCGCCGUCGCCGCUCCCUCCCAUCCGUCGUCGCCGCUCCCUCCCAUCCGCCGUCGCCGCUCCCUCCCAUCCGCCGUCGCUGCUCCCUCCUCCCGCCGUCGCCACUCCCUCCCAUCCGCCGUCGCCGCUCCCUCCCAUCCCGCCGUCGCCUCUCCCUCGCAUCCCGCCGUCGCCUCUCCCUCCCAUCCCACCGUCUCCUCCCUCCCAUCCCGCCGUCGCCUCACCCUCCCAUCCCGCCGCCGCCUCUGUCGACAGGUCACGAGCAAGAUGGUGCGCGAGUGGGAGCCGGUGCGCGGGCGGCGGGUUUGACUCUGCACCGUGAAUUGCAGAGGGGGGAUAGGGAGCGCGAGGGAGCGAGAGCGCAAGAGAGUGCGCGCGAGAGAGAUAAGGAAGCUCUAGAGGGAGAGGCGCGAGAGAGAGCGCCGUGCGCGCUUGCUCUGUCGGCGCGGGCCCUAUUGGCGCUUGUGCCUUAG